UAGUAUUAUCUUUUCUCUUCUCUUUUUGUUAAUUGUUUUAUCUAUACACUAGGUGCAACACAACUAUAGUGGUAAAAAGGUAGGGGUUGGGUAGGGGUUGUGUACGUCACGUGAUGUGCCCAGACCCUACCUAAGGUCCGUGCAGACCCUACCUCAACCCUGCCCUACCGUACCCCGUACCUUUUCACCAUCGUAGACACAACAGGCUAGCAAAGACAGAUUCGCGAAGUAGAGUUUACGGCCGCAGCAGAGCUGAAAAAGAAGCGAGAUGCGACAGCUGCCUGGACCUGUGGCGAUGCAGUCUUACAAAAGCGCACAGCCACAGUGGCCGACCUGCGCCCCCAGGUGUGCAUGACAAUAUAAGCGUGCAGCAACCCAGUUUUAGAAGCCGUUUUUAUCCUCCCACAUCGUGACUCGAUCUCUGUGUACCAUAGUCCUCCGUUUCGUUAGCGUAUUUCCGCAUCAUGGCACUUGAAGGCCUCCAGAAACGCACGUUUCUGCCUUACCUUCGCGGUGUGUUCCCAGAGGAACUACGGCUCGGCAGCCUCUACAUCAACCCCUUGGAACCAACAGAUGGCCUUGCUUCCCUCAGAUGGGAGUUUAUGGGCGACGAGGAUGACCAGGAUGUCUACGAAAAGGUAGUGAGCAAAUGGACACGGAAACGAGCUGAAAUCGACCAACCCUUCUCCAUCGAAUUCGAAGCCUCAAAAGCCCGAUCUCUGGGCUUCAAUUUCACCGACUUCCUCGGCCUGAACGCGACAAAGACUAAGGAAAGCAUGGUGAAGAUCCAUGGCCAAUCGGGGCGACGCAUGAAAAUCAAAAACCCAGAGAAGUUCCUGGAGGAAGUCAUGCAGCAGCCAGGCGUCCAGGAGUGGAUCCGCGAACACGCCUCCAUAGAGCACAAGAGCAAAUACGGCCGCCACAUCUGGCGCGCGCCCAAGAUCUGGAUGGUCACGGGCGUCCAACACGUCACCGGCGGCGCCAUCGACAGCACCAGCACGCGCUCCACGACCCUCGGCGGCGCCGCAGGCCUCGACCCGAGCGCCGCCGCCCACGCGCCCCCGGGCACCCUGAAGCUCGGCGCCAACGUCGACUUCACGGACGCCCACGGCGCGACGACGAACUUCGGGCACGCCGACGAGCGCGUCUGGGCCGCGCAGUUCAUGCCCGUGUCGAUUGUGUUCGGGCCGGACGAGGACCGCGAGUUGUCCGCCAAAGAACACGCGUUCCUGCCCAAGACGAUUGCGCACUUCCGGCUCGACGACGUGCCGGAUCUGGAGAUGAAGGGGAUUCGGGAAGAUGACUUUGUGAUUGAUGAUGCGCCGUAUGUGGAGAAUAGGAGGGAGACGGAUUGGGAGCAGUAUGAUAAGUAUAAGAGGUGGUUGAAAGAGGUGGAUGAGGAUGAGUAGACGUAACAUAUAUAUACCUUGGUGUAGCGUUUGUUGUACAUAGCCUGGCGUUUGGGUAGACUUUCAUUGUUAAUCGGGGAUAUCUGUUUUGCGCCCGUGCGAGUACCCAUCGGAGUAGUAUUCUCGAGUCGUAAUUACGAA